GGUGCAGGGAAAGAUAACGGUAAUUAUACCUAUUUUUUCUUACACUUCUUCCAUUUCAUCCCACCAAAAGUUUCUUCGCGAAGAAGAUGACGAUCCUGCUACAAAAUCUCCCGCCAAUUCCUUCUUCUGCUUCUUCCCUUCGUUGUAGAACAAGAUCCCCAACAGUUGUGUGUGUUGUGGCCUCUAGUAACACUCACAAACCUGAUAGAAUCAAACCCAAAACCAGAAUCAAGAUCAAAGAACCGGAUGAUUACCAUGCCACUCUCAGAGCUCUCAACUCCAAAGGCCGUAUCCCUAGAAAAACCCUUGGCCAGCAUUACAUGUUAAAUGGUGAAGUAAAUGAACAACUUGUUGAUGCUGCCAAUGUAAGCGAUGGUGACGUGGUGCUUGAAAUUGGUCCAGGAACCGGGUCUCUCACCAAUGUACUUGUUGAAUCUGGUGCAACUAUUCUUGCUAUUGAAAAGGAUCCUUACAUGGCUGCACUUGUAAGAGAUCGCUUUGCGAGUACACGCCGUGUGAAGGUGGUACAGGAGGACUUUACAAGAUGCCACCUCCGAUCUCAUUUGUCAUCAUACAUGGAAGAAAGUGAUCCCUCGGAUUCAAAUCCAUACGCAAAGGUGGUUGCCAAUAUACCAUUUAAUAUAAGUACUGAUGUAGUCAAACAACUUCUUCCAAUGGGUGACGUCUUCUCUCAAGUAGUCUUAUUACUCCAGGAGGAAGCCGCUGUGCGCAUGGUGGACUCAUCCUUGAGGACAUCCGAAUACAGGCCCAUCAAUAUCUUCAUAAACUUCUAUUCAGAUCCUGAAUACAAAUUUAAGGUCCCAAGGGAAAACUUCUUUCCUCAACCUAAAGUAGAUGCAGCUGUUGUUGUGUUUAGACUGAAGCAAACAGUAGACUAUCCCCAAGUUUCAUCAACCAAGAGCUUCUUUUCAAUGGUUAAUUCUGCAUUUAACGGGAAACGAAAGAUGUUGCGCAAAUCGCUCCAACACAUAACGUCGUCCCUCAAGAUGGAGGAAGCUCUGGUUAACAUUGGUCUCCCUGCAACAUCGAGACCGGAAGAAUUGACACUAGAAGAUUUUGUAAAGUUGCAUAAUUUAAUUGUAGAUAUUUGACAAAAAUGGUAUUUAGAGAUGCCCUUUUGGGCAUUAGGUAGGAAAGUUUGGUACUUUUUGGAAAUCUUUCUCAAAACAAGUGUUUCUAAAGCUUUCAAGAAACCCUUGUUUCA